AUGGACAGCAACGCGCAGGAUGUGUCUGAUAGCGACAGUAACUCCACGCUGUGUUCCGACGUGGACGAAACAUCCCCUCUCUUGGAGUCGCAACCAACCAAGCCAACGUAUGUGACGUGCUCAGAGGCAGGUCAAGAAGUAUGGAAACCAGGACCAGGAUUCUGGUGGAUUGAGAUCGCCUUGUGGGCCAAUGUGUUUUUGUCGGGAUUUGACAUGACCAUCACGGCGUCGACGUAUGCCGCCAUCAGUUCCGAAUUUGGUGCCGCAAACAACGCUGCCUGGUUGACGACAUCGUACCUCAUCACGAGCACUGCGUUCCAGCCACUCUAUGGCAGGCUGUCAGACUUGUUCGGGCGGCGUCUUUGCUUCUUUGUGUCCACAGUAACGUUCAUGGCUGGCUGCCUUGGAUGUUCCCUUGCCCAGGACAUGCUGACGCUCAAUAUGAUGCGGGCUCUGGCCGGGUUCGGAGGAGGAGGAUUGAUCACAAUGGCGACUGUAAUCAACUCCGACAUGAUUCCCUUCAAGCAGCGUGGCAUGUACCAAGCAAUGCAAAACAUCCUCCAUGGAUUCGGAUCCGUGCUUGGAGCGUCACUCGGGGGCACCAUUGCCGAGACCAUCGGAUGGAGAUGGUGUUUCUUGUCGCAGGUUCCUGUGUCACUGGUAGCUCUCGUGGUUGGGUACUUUGUUUUGGAGAACCCAUUGCACUUGGUCGAAUUGACGGAUCCUAAGCGACGAAUUCGGUCUGCGUUGCAGUAUCUCGACCUCUCUGGGGCCACGCUGCUAGUUGUAGGACUGGUAAUCCAACUCUUGGGAUUGAGCUUUGGAGGCAACGAGUAUCCUUGGUCGAGCGUGCCGGUAGUGACCGCCCUGGUAGCGAGUUGUGUGUUGUUGGCCGGGUUCAUCGUGGUCGAAGCAAAGACGAAGGCAAUGCCGAUGAUACCUCUUCGGAUGCUGCAAGGUUGGCAGCCCAGUGCGGUGCAGCUGAGCAACAUCUUUUCCGGCAUGGCAGCGUAUGCUUAUAUGUUCAUGAUCCCCUUGUACUUCCAAGCAGUCCGGGGAGACUCGCCGUCCAAGGCAGGGCUGAGGCUCGUAAUGCCGUCUUUGGCAACGCCGAUCGGCGGGGUGAUCGCAGGGACCUUGAUGCAGCGCGGGAGCCGCCUGAGUUAUAACGUUCGGUUGGGGACGGCCAUGAUGCUGCUCGGUAACAUGCUCGCGGUGACGUUGGGGACGACAGGCGAUCGACGCAAGGAAUUCGUGUUCUUGGUACCGGCGACGCUGGGCCUCGGACUGACAAACCCCAGCAUUCUGUUUAGCUUUGUGUCUCUGUUUGGGCAUCGAGACCAAGCGGUAGCCACGUCGACGGUAUACCUGAUCCGAUCGAUGGGGAGCAUUUACGGCGUCACCGUCACGUCGGCCAUUGUGCAGAAUGUCUUGAUGACGAGACUGCCGGCAACGCUGGGAGAUGCGGCAACGGAUGAGCUGAUCGAGAAACUCCGCAAGUCGGUGUUUGCGCUGCGUGAACUGUCGCCCGAGUUGGAGAAGGCAGUCAGGGCGUUGUACGGGGACGCCUUGAGGAUCUCGUUUCUGGCUUCGACAUCGUUUGCUCUGCUGGCAUUCUUGUUUUCGUUCGCGCACAGAACCGGCAAAUUGCAGAGAAAGCCCUAA